AUGGAGCGUACUCUCUGGCUCGAUGGCCUGAGGGGCCUCGCCUCAGCCUGUGUGGCUCUUUGCCAUGCGGUUGUAUUUGAUUCACCAAGCACUUUCGGGUUUUUAUACCGCUCCUACUGGGCGGAGGCUCCAGAGAGCCGCCAUCUUAUCCAACUUCCGCCCUUCCGGAUUAUCUUUGCUGGAUCAUCGAUGGUGUCCCUGUUUAUGGUUAUCUCUGGCUUUGCAAUUUCCAUCCCUCUCCUCAAGGCCCGAGAGAACGCUGGCUUCUUUCGUCGUCUAUCCUCCACAGCCACCCGUCGGGGGUUUCGUCUCUAUCUGCCCGCUCUUCUCUCUGCUGCCCUCUCUCACUUCCUCUACUUUUGCAAUCUGUUCCAGUUGAGCUCCUGGGAUGACCCUUGGGUUGGGCUACCAAAGCCACUGACGGCGCCAUGGUCCCAUAUGAAAUACCUGCUGUGGUCCGUGAUCUACCUCCUGGAUAUCAGCAAUCACCACCAAAUGAACCUCCGUCAUGGUCGGCUAGACCCAAAUCCGAUUACAGUGAAUCUCUGGACCAUGCCGGUUGAGGUUCGCGGCUCGUUGACCGUGUACCUGCUGCUGUUGGUGCUGGCAUUUUGGAACCCGCAGGCCCGAUACCUAGCCCUAGCAGGAGUGGCGAUGUACUGGUUCUAUAUGGGCCAGUGGGACCUCUUCUCCUUCGUCUCCGGCCUCUUCCUUGCAGAGGGAUAUGUCGCGAGCUACUACUAUACAGAAGCAGAUGGGGAGCUCUUGUUGCCCGGCUCCAGCUGCCAACAGCACUCCUCUACCGUCACUAACUUUUGUCGAAAGCUCAGCAAGUCGGCUCCCUUCUCUUGCCUCCGCGAGGCCAUAAUUUCCACAAUGGCGGUAUUUCUACUCUGCAUGUGCGAGGGCGAAACGCUGCCACCGGAAUACCAGUUCCUGCAUGUAUUCGCGCCCUUCUUCCCCCCCACGCAGACGACGUGGGGGGGCCGGGACCAGGCCGAAAUUGCGCGCCGAUGCUGGGCCAGUGUCGGCGCCGUGCUCGCCAUCUACGUAGUCCGGGAUACUUCUUCCUCCCCCACCGUUGCUCUGCAUCUGCAGCGGCUGCUGACCUCGCGGCCGGCGCAGUAUCUAGGCAGGAUUUCGUUUCCGCUCUAUCUGCUUCAUAAUCCGGUGUAUUUCAUUUUCAAAGAGCGCGUCCGGGUGCUUCUUUGGCGUCUGCUUACGUGGACGUCUUACCCCGGUACGGAAGAGGCGAGCAGGGAUGCCGGGUUGCCGUUUGGCGUGGCCUGUGCUGGCGCUGUGCUGGUUUGCGGUGUGAUCAUGGUUUUUGCGUCGGAUCUUUGGGAACGGACUAUCGAUAGGAGGUGUUUGGAGAUUGCGAGGAGAUUCGAAAAGAGAGUUAUGUCAUAG